AUGGCGACCAGAAAGUUCGCCCACUGGAACAGUUUCCCGUUUAUGACCGCCCCGAGAACAAAAUACUACUCUGGUCAGACACAAUCACCAUUCUUCCGACUGUCCCGCGAGAUUCGGGAUAUCAUAUAUGGAUACUACCUUCUAGGAGAAAAUGACCAAGGCUACCAUUACGACAGUGAGACCGGGAAAAUGCUCGAGCAACCACCAUCAUCAGAGCCUAAGCGCAUUGUUCGCCUUGGUCUCAUGAUUACGUGCCGUAUAGCUGCUGAAGAACUCAAGAACUGUACUUUCCGCAAGUUGCAGUUUAGUCCUCAUCUUUCGCAGGAUGAUGGACAGGCUUUUCUAGGGCUUGCUUCGAGGGCUGGGCGGUUUCAAUGCUUACUGAGAUAUGUGGACCGUCAAAAGCGACGGAUGUUGAUCAAAGUUGCCGAGCUGCUGCAGGAUGAAGACUGGCUUGAUCUGCAUGAUCGAUUCCCAUCGGUUCAAGGAUGGUUCAAGCGAUGCUUGAUGCAGUCAGUGGCGGCCCGGGAAGAUCAAUUCAACAAGACAGAGGGAACUAGCGAGCGUCUCGCUUCACUUUCAUUCAGUGACGCUCUUCAACACAUUCUCAUCCUGGCAAAGAACCGUAACCCGUCCAGGUUCGCAAAACUUGCUUGCACUGUAUUUGGCGUAGGCCGCUGCCCACUCGUCGUCGAAUACGUCACAGCAUAUAGCAACAACCUCUUUGUCGAAGGCGCCUUUGCAGAAGCUGCCACGAGAACGGAGAGAUAA